GAAAGAAAUGGGAAAAAUGUAAUCAAUACUUUUCUGUUUAAGCAUUUCUUGGGACUGGGAAAAUUCUUAAUUGAGUUGAAAAUAAUUAGUAGUUAUGAUUUGAAGAUCUAUUUUUCGGUUAUUAAUUAAAAUGAAAUUUAUUACAAGAACUUGUGACUUAAAAGUAAUUAAACAAAGUCUUCUUUUCUGAUGCACUGACAGAUGUUUCAUGAGUCACAAGAACAAAAAAGAAUCAGAUAUUCUAGAGACGCUGACAUGACUGAAAUCAGCAAAGAAUUACCUUUAGUAAAAAAAGUGAAGACACAUGAACAGUUGGAGCAUGGUGCAUCUGGUGAAAUACUACCAGCUCGAAUGUUUGAUUCUGAUGAUGUUGAUAUUCUAAAAGAACAACUCAGAGUAGCUCAUGACAAUAUUCAGUUUUUAAAAAAUGAACAUGCAUUUAUGUUAAAAGGACUGCAUGAUGAAAUUGAACAACUCCAUAAUUUAUGCAGAGAUCUACAGUUUCGUUGUGAAGCAGAAGGCUGUAUUUUACCUGAUAGUGAUUUUUUUAAGUGCAGUGUAAAAUCUCUUGAACAAAAAGUAAAUAAUAUGCUGAAGGAAAACUCUGAGUUGAAACGGAAGCUUGCCGAAAGUCAUCAAGCUAUUGAUAUACUCGACCAAAAAGAAAAACUUGCAUUGUGGCAAUACCAUCAAGAACUAGAACAAAGAGACAAUGCUAUAUUACGUCUGGAAAAAGAACUUGAAUCCAAAUGCAAUAUAAUAUCACAGUUAAGCUCUCAAGGUGCUAGGCGGAAAAAAGGCAAUUUCUGGCGACGUUUCAGUUUUAACUCAUCUAACAAUCCGUCAACAUCCAGCUCAGUGCCUCAUACCAAAGUACAGCAACCAUGUGUAGAACACUUAAGCAAAGAAGACCUUCCAUCAGAGAUACAAAAUUCUCUGCCAUCGUUUGAGUCUCAGUACCAAAGUUAUUCAUCAUAUUCAUCUCUUUCUGACAAGAGUAUUUCUGAUGACGAAGGUUUCGGACAGCGUUGUGGAGAGAAUGUAGAAGACCAAAAACUAACUGUGAAACUACCUCCUAUAUCAAACUUGCCAAUCGUAUCAACGCGCCAGUUAGUGAGACAUCAGAUUAGAAUCCACAGUUUAGCUAAUAAUAUGACAUCUGAUACUUUAGCCAUAGAUCAAAUGCCAUCACCAGAAGUGUCUGUCAAAAGACUAAAUAAAGCCUAAUUAAUUUAUACGAAGCUAUAUAUAUAUAAAUGAUUUAUAGCUAUUUUCUCAUGUGUAGACGCAUUUUUAUAUUUAUUUAUUUCUGAAAUAUUUUUGUGAUUGACAAAAUAAAAUACAAAAUCGCCAUU